AGAACCAAUCGCAAGGCGAGAACCUCGCUCCGCCUCCCCCCUCUCUCCGAGCACGUGUUCGGCACGGCCUGCGCGCGGCUUUUUCUUCAUUUUUGUUUGCCGUCAAACUUACACUCUGAUUAUAAAAGAGAAAAAUAAAAAAAACACAUCAUGUCCGUCGCCGCGAGUGUCCGGGGGAAGCUCUACUUGUGCUCGCACGAGGGCUGCUCGGCCACCUUCUCCAAGGAGUGGCGCCUCAUGGAGCAUCUGUACCGGCACGAGGGCCUGGACAGCAUUGGUUUUCCGAAUGGAAGCGAUGGCCCUCGCCAUGAGAAUAUGGAAUUCCUACUACUGGCUCGGAUGCCGUUUGUGUGCGACUAUGAAGGCUGUACCAAGGGAUUUACGAGGAAAUUUCACCUGUCCAGGCACAGGCUGACUCACUCGGGAGAUAGGCCAUAUCGAUGUGUGUUCGAGGGAUGCUGUGAAGGCUUCACCACAAACGCCAAUUUAAAGAAGCACGUGAAACGAAAACAUGAAAAGGAAAAUCCCUCGUACAAAUGCGAAUUUGACAGCUGCGGCAAGGUUUUCAAAAAGCACCAGCAGUUGAAGACUCAUCAGUAUGAACACACAAAGGAGCUGCCCUUUGAGUGCCCCCACAGCGGAUGUGAACAGAAAUUCCUUCAGGCAAGGCAACUCAAGAGACAUGAAAAAACCCACUUGGGUUAUACGUGCAAAAGGGAAGGCUGUGACUUUGUUGCGAAAACCUGGAGCGAGGUGCGAUCACACGCAGCACAGCAGCAUCCAGGCUGUCACGUCUGCAACGAGUGCGGGCGGACGUUCAAACGACGGGCAUUUCUGCACGAGCAUGAGCAAACGCAUGCCGAGUCGCGAGAGGUGUUCGCCUGCCCGAACCCCGGCUGCGAACGAACCUACACCACGGCGUUCAACCUGCGGUCCCACCUGAUCUCCUUCCAUGAAAACGUGCGCCCACACAGCUGCCCUUAUCCUGGCUGCGGACGAAAAUUUGCUAUGAAGCAAAGCUUGGACCGUCAUGGGGUAAUGCACGAUCCCGAAAAGAAGAAACUCAAAAAGAAGCGCUCUUGUCGGAGACGCACGCUGGUGUCACGGCUCAGUGGGAUCCGGCACACCGCGGUGGUCUCCGAGGCGGUGUUGGAGAUGGAAGCAUGCGACGGGGAAUUGCCAGAAAUUCUGUUUGGCAAGGCGAGCAUCGGCUCCCCGCCUCCUUGCUGCUCGCCCGAAACAGCUGGCCUUCGCUGCGGCUCUCGCGACCCCACAGAGGAGCGAUGCGGCGAGACAAACGCGGCUGCCCGGUCACCGGACGCUCCGUCCGCACCCGGGGUGGACGGCGGUGCUGCGAUCGUGCCUGACGAGGGAAACGAAACGGCGCUUACUUCCGAGAUUGACACAGUCGAAGCAGAUUCUGGUUUGCAGAGAAAUAGCGUCAUUAAAAUGUGUAGCAGAGACGAACGAGGUGGUCCGAUUCCGAUUGGUUGCAAAGUCGAUAGGCUGCAAAUAUCGCCAAUCGAAGACCAGAUUGACAAUGAAGCCUCCAUGUGAGGAGUGAACCCCUUGGGCGUGUGGUUUUUGUACGCUACAAAAUCAAAGCUUUCUGGUCAUGUAAGCAUCUUGAAAGUGGGCAUAUACAUCACCGUCAAUAUGAAUAAAGGUAAUAUUAAUUUAAACGAAUAAUGUGUGCUUUGCAUUAAUUUUGUUAUGUAUUUGAAAACCCGCUAUGUAUUCGAGUCUGAAGCCAAAUUGCAUUUCCAGCUGGGUGAGUUACUGUGUUCAAAAGGUACUUGUGAAUACACGUUAAUGGCUACAGCUGUGUAAUAUGUAAUUGCAUGCCUGCAUUGUAAAUCAAAACAGAACUUGUACAUUUGCACAUGCCUAGCUGUUAUAUUUUUUUCACAAUUUAUCUUCUGAAUACUGCAUAAGUAGUGCAGUAAAUGUUUUUUGUUUCAAAUUUCCCUUGUCCACUUGCAGUGAAUAAACAUGAAAGUAGAGAUU